GCGUGGGGAGUGUUGCGAAGGUCAGAGGCAGUCUUGGGUCUGCUCGGACGCCAGAGGAGAAGGAGGUGGACUCGGUUGCAGGAGCUGCUCAUGGCGGGACUGGGAGCGCGCAGCGUCUUGGUGACCGGAGCCAACCGCGGGAUCGGCCUGGAGCUGGUUCGCCAGCUACUGGGCAGCUCCGACCCGCCGCAGUGGCUCUUCGCCUGCUGCCGGGAUCCGGACGGGGAGCGCGGGCAGCAACUGAGGAAACUGGCUUCCAGCCACCCAAACCUGACGAUAGUGAAGUUGGACACUUGUGACCCCUCCAGCAUCAAAGCUGCUGUAGCCAGAGCCACCGAGCAGUUGAACGGAGCCAGACUGAAUCUUCUAAUAAACAAUGCUGGGAUUGUAAGGCAACACACUUUGGAAUCUGAAACGUCAGAGAGCAUGUCUGAGGUGUACAAGACUAAUGUGAUUGGGCCCAUGAUGGUGACUCAGGCAUUCUUGCCGUUGCUGAGGAAGGCAUCUGAAGUAAGCUCACAGAAAGGGAUGAGCUGCAGCAAAGCUGCCAUUGUGAAUAUCUCCAGUUUAUGCGGCUCCAUCACAGAUAUCCUUGCAUGGGAAUUAGGACAUAACAUCAACUAUCGCUGCAGCAAGGCUGCUCUGAACAUGCUCACACAAUGCCAGUCCCGGGGAUUUGCUGAAGAUGAGAUCCUAUGCAUUUCGCUGCAUCCGGGAUGGCUACAGACAGACAUGGGAAACUUAAUUAUCAAUCCACGGAGAAAAUCAGGCUCCUUCUUACACAUUCCUCCAUAUUUCUACAAAGAACAGGGGUUCUCAAGGGACAUAAAGAGGAUGUUGGAGACAUAGGGACCCUGCUCCCAAAAAAAGUAAAGGGUCUAAGAUCCCCCAAGACCUGGAUGACUACAUUCCUGGACCCAAGCCAACAUGACCACCCGAGGAGCAUUCAACAGAAUUCAAAUUGUAAUACAAUAAAAAACAAUAUAAGAAGUAAAAGAAACAAUAAAAAUACAAUUAAAAAUAAAAAA